GAUCUGAUCGCACACGUUCGUCGACUUCGAUCGUAUGUGGCCAAAUUCCUCUACCGGGAUGACAAAUCUACUCCGCUCCCGUUGUUCGUUCGUUCUCCUCAUACCAAAUCCAGUCAUUCGAUCAAAUCGGCCACGCAGGCUGCAACUGCUGCGGCCGGUGGAACCAGUUUGCUCAUUGUCACCUUCAUGAUUCUCGGCUGGACAGCCACCGUACCUGUAUCGCCGGCCAAGAAUGGAUCCUCACCGGGAUUAGCUGUAGCACAACCUAAUGGUGUGUUCAGCUUUUUCCCCGGUCGUUCACGAAGUCUUCUGGAGAGUAACAGACAAAAUGUUAAUCCUAUAGGGCCUGUAACCAAACCGGAUAUCCUUUCACACGAUUUGGGAAACCCGAUGGAUUCCGUUCCAAGCGCGGUUUUAGACCCUCCUCUACUUAGCGACCGGAUGAACUCUGUCAAGUUAGAAAUCAUACAAAAAUUGCUGUUUGUGAAUGAAAGCAUUUGA